GCUUGCGCUCCCAGAGCUAUAUUUUUAUAUAUUUUAUUUUUAUAGGCUAGUGCCAAACUUAUUAUUUCUACUUCCGCUUUUUGUGUAUAAAAAGUGAUGCCACGCUGUUUUAAAACAGUUCAGUGUACAGUUGACCAGUGGUCAGUACCAUAUCUGUCUGUGUGACAGCUGAAUAUCUUUGUGGUCUGUCGUCUAAUUAUAUUUUUAUUCCUGUACCUGGGACGGCCUGUAAGUGUAGAAAUAUUUUAUAUUUUUUACUAGAUCUAUAUUAUGUGUAAAGUAGUUAGUUUAUUUUCUACUGGACUAUUUGUCAUAAUAGUUGGCAACAUGCUGUAUGGAAGAUGGCGGCGUCCAUCAGUCCUAAUAGAAUAUUUUAUAAUAUAGUUUUGCAUUUAUGUUUUGCAGGCUAUUAUUACUGCUGUGUAACUGCUGUGUUACUGCUUUUAACUGCUGCCUUUUAGCUGCUGUUGUAUAUUACUGCUUAUAGAUCUAGCUGCUGUUUAUAGCUGCUGUUGUUAGAUCUAUUCUAAUUCUAGGGAAUCUAGAAUCUAGUGUUAUUUUGUUUCUUUAUUAUCACCUUAGUAAACUUAGUUAUAUUUAUUUAUAGUCUGUUUCUCAGUUCUGUUCUUAGUGAAUAGUAAGGUACUGAGCCUAAGGAUAGGAUAUUCUUGUUUUAGUGUUAGUGUUAUGAGUGUAAUAGUAGGAUAUUGUAGUGUGUUUAUUGUAGAUCUAGGUCUAGUGUAGUAGUUUUAGUGAUUUAGUUAGAUAGUUGUUUUGAUCAGUUUGUGUCAGAUAGUUGGUUUGGUUAGUUUGGUAGUGUUUGUAGUGGUGUAGAUUUAGAGGGUAGUUUAUAGUAGUUAGUGUAUAUAUUAUAUUUUAUUAUUGAUUUAUUUUGUAUGUAAAUAAAAUUUCUUUUUGUUUUAUUUAUCGUAAACUAAAGUUUAUCUUGUCUCCAUUUAGUUUAGUUUAGUAUGUCUGGUUACUUAGGUGACUCUAGCCCCUUGGUCACCAUACCGAGGUGCACAGAUUGAGCCCACCCAGUAGCGCAAACAUCUGCCUACUGUUAGGUAAAUUUUAAUGUUGAGCGGCAGAGAAUAGGUCCUCUCUCUCUAUCCACUCGCGCCUGCCUGACCUGCUCACAUUUUUGGUGUCAGAAGUGGGAUCUGUGCUUGAGUGACCAGACUUGUAUUUUUUUAUUGGGAUAGAUUAGGUUUGCGUAGGAGUUUAGGCAUUGAUAGGAAGUAGUGUAUAGUUCAGUUUUUCUUUGGGCGUUUGUUAGAGAGGUUAUUAGGCUUUAGUUUUGUUGAGUAGUUACGUAGAUGAACAGCGAGGCAGCAGCAGCAGCAAGAAUGCAGCCGUCUCAGACAGUUAUCUUGGUGCCUAGGACAGAGAUGAGUAUCCGGCGCUUCCAUGGUGAUGGUCCUGCCAGGGAAAUUGAAGAGUUCCUUCAAAAUGUUGAGAGAGCUUGGAAGUCUCAACACAUGGUGCAUCCAGAGGAAAAAUGUGACUUCCUCUUUGCACAUCUAGGUGAGGCAGUGAAGGCCGAACUUAGGUGUCACCCUCAGACGACAAGGGCAUGUCCAGAUGCCCUUGUACAAGUUCUACACUCCACUUAUGGAGAAAGGCGGAGCAUCAACUGCCUCAUUGGGGAGCUGUUCCGAAUAAGCCAGCACCAGUAUGAGUCUGUCCGCGCAUACUCACACCGUCUCCUUCAAGCAUUUGAAGCACUCACAGACAGGCAGAGAGCUCUAUCUGAAACUCCCUUCAGCAAGUCUAUCCUGAGGGACCAGUUUGUAGAAAACCUCAGUGACAGGAUCCUAAGGAGAGAUCUGCGAGAGAGACUACUUGACAGGCCAGAAACUGAAUUCCUGGCGUUAAGAGACAUGGCCAUCAGGUGGGCCCAGGAUGAGGAUGUCGCACCGCAAGUCAACGUCACAUGCAGUGAGAUAAAGAUUGAAAGCCAGCUAGCUGCGCUCUCCAAGCAAGUGGAGGAGCUUGCAGCCCAGAUUGUGCUCCUACAACUUUCGGGACCACAGAACUCUAACUGUCCCCACUGCAACCACCAUCAACCUGAUCACAUUAGCGGCAAGGUGAGACAGAUUGUCUCACAACCAAAGCGCACUCUUAACCAUAAGAGGCCAACGAUGAAGAACAGGAAAUGCUACACAUGUGGCAAACCUGGCCAUCUUGCAAGAAAUUGCAGGCUGCAGAACAGGUUCCAAGGUCAGCGAAAGAAGCCAGGGAACCGGGCUUACCAGCAACACCCUUCUAGAAGCAACUGCUCGAAUUGUGGAAGCCGGGACCACUUCACCCGAGCUUGCCCUGAUGUCACUGCAGCAGUGAAUCGCGUUCAGGUUGCCUCAGUGGAACAACCACAGGCAGUACAACUGCAACCUGCUCCCAAGCCAACAGAAUUGUCGGUUGAGGUGCCACCGAAUCCUAGGCGAUCCAACACUGCUCCUGAUUCAAUUGUUCGCAGAAACCAACCCGCAGUGGCAGAAAUGAUGUCGAUGCGUACAGAAGUCGCCUCACCUGACACUUCCAGUAAUCAUGCAGAAGGAGGUAGGGAAACAAAUCCUUUCCUACAGUUUCAUCCGGUCCAACCAGAAUCCACAUUGCUUUCCCAUGAGGUUCCUGAGUUGCAGAAGAAAAGGAACGACCUUCUGAACAUUGGGUGCAGAGUUCUUGUCGAACAGAGAGUCAGAGGCCAGGGAAGAAUGUUCAUGCAGUAUGAACCGUCAUGUUUUGUAAUUACUGCAGUACCCAAGUAUGCUUCUGGCUGGUACAUGGCUAUUAUUACUGCUGUGUAACUGCUGUGUUACUGCUUUUAACUGCUGCCUUUUAGCUGCUGUUGUAUAUUACUGCUUAUAGAUCUAGCUGCUGUUUAUAGCUGCUGUUGUUAGAUCUAUUCUAAUUCUAGGGAAUC